AGGACUUUGACGCGGACGAGCACUUCGACACAGAGGUCAUUUAGCUCGAUCUAUAUUGGAGUUAUCAGAGUAGGGUUCUGGGCAUUUCAACCGCCUUUGCCUAUUAAUUAUGGCCUCGUCCAGACAAUUUAAAUUAGCGAAGGAGAGUGAGCUCAGAGUCGAGGUUGGCCCUGACAUGCCCCUUCGCAUUCGCCUCCUCUCUGGCACAGCUGAAAUAUUUGGUACUGAGUUGCCUCCUAGCAAUUGGCUCUCCAUCUCACCACGCAGCAAAAUCGCAGUGUUCACUUGGAACGGCGCCACGAUCGAGUUGGAUGGAAUCAGCGAAGUGGAGUAUGUGGCAGAUGAGACACCCAUGGUGAGCUACGUGAAUGUUCAUGCCAUACUUGAUGCAAGAAGGGCUCAAGCAAAAGCAUCACAUAGUAGCAAUGUGGACUCUCCGCAGGGCCCUAGGGUGAUUGUUGUGGGACCCACAGAUUCUGGGAAGAGUAGCUUGUGCAAAAUGCUUCUAAGCUGGGCUUGUAAACAAGGAUGGAAACCGACCUAUGUGGAUUUGGACAUUGGUCAGGGCUACAUAACUAUUCCUGGCUGCAUAGCUGCUACUCCAGUUGAGAUGCCUAUAGAUGCAGUGGAAGGAAUUCCUCUAGAAAUGCCUAUUGUGUAUUUUUAUGGGCACACAUCUCCUACUGCAAAUGGUGAUCUUUAUAAAGUGUUUGUGAAGGAGUUGGCUAGAACCCUAGAGAGGCAGUUCUCUGGAAAUGCUGAAGCUAGAGCUGCAGGCAUGGUGAUUAAUACUAUGGGAUGGGUGGAAGGCCUUGGUUAUGAGUUACUUCUCAAUGCUAUUGAUACAUUUAAUUGUGACGUGGUUCUAGUCUUGGGCCAGGAGAAACUUUGCAGCAUGCUUAAAGAAGUUUUAAAAACCAAGCCUAAAGUAGAUGUUGUGAAACUCCAUAAAUCUGGAGGGAUAGUUAUGAGGAAUCAAAAAGUACGCCAAAAGGCUAGGAGUUUGAAAAUCAGAGAAUACUUCUAUGGGCCUAUAAAUGAUCUCUCCCCACAUUCAAAUAUUGUCAACUUUAGUGACAUUUCUGUUUAUAGAAUUGGUGGUGGCCCACAGGCUCCUCGUUCUGCACUGCCUAUUGGUGCGGAACCUGUAGCCGACCCUACUCGAGUAGUUGCUAUUAACAUAAAUCGUGACUUACUCCAUCUUGUUCUAGCUGUUUCAUAUGCAAAGGAGCCUGAUCAGAUUAUAUCCAGUAACGUUGCAGGGUACAUUUAUGUCACCGACAUAGACGUUGUGAGGAAGAAGAUCACAUACCUCGCACCUUGCCCUGGCGAACUCCCAAGUAAACUCUUAAUUGUUGGAACUUUAACAUGGUUGGAAGGUUAACGAUGUGGGUAGUGUUUGGCUACCGGGAGGAGGAUUAGUCUUUUAGAGUUUGCUUUUCAUCAGUUAGAUUUUGGUAAAAAUAAAUAAAUUUGUCUUUCUACUAUCAAAGGUGUUUAAAGGGCAUACUUGGUAUUAUAAAUCGGGCAUGUUUUUACUUGGUUAA